GAUGCUCGGGGAAGACGAAGAGGAUAGAUAGGAUAUAGGGCAUAGGUGUACUCUCGCCGGCAAGUAGGUAUGGCGGACGCCAUGGCAUGCUAUAUUGGAAGGUCCGCCCAUGGUGGCAACUGCUAUAAAUAGCUACCCUACCCCGCCUCCUUCCUUCUCAACCUCCUCCUAUUCUCUCUCUCUCUCUCUCUCUUCCCCCAGAUGCGAAAUUCCUGCCCCAGCUCAACCCAAAGCUCCGUGCCGUUACCUCCUCUCUAUUCUCCAACCGUUUCCUCCCUCUUCCCGGAAGGGGGGCGUUCUGGCGCAGCUGAUUGAUUUGAUUGAACCUCGAGGCCGAUUGAUUGGGUCCGAGUAAUCUCGGAAAUGUGGGGUUGUUGCGGUUGAUUUUUUGUAUUUGGUGUUGCUUUGAUGUUUGCUUGCGUUCUCCGAUGGAGGAGGCAGGAAGAGAGAAGGAUAGGUCGGUGGUGGUGGUGGUAGAGGAUUUGGGCACAGCCACUAAGGAUACAGUCAACCCAAGCGCGAAGUCUACAAGGAGGUACCCUCUCCUGUCAUGGACAACUAUAUUGGCCUUGAUCGCGCUUGUCGGAGUAUACAUUUUCUCAGUGUCUUUGAAGCAAAAUGGGAUGCUUCUUGGUCUUAAGCAGACAGACAUGAUAGAAAAAGAAAGGGAAAAACUUUGCCAGGACCCCAGCAUUCCGGUGACUGAGAUCCCUUAUGUGCAUUAUCCCACACCUGAUACUUACAGUAGGAAAGAAUGUGCAUGCACACCAGUUAGAUUCUUCGCUAUCUUGUCGAUGCAGAGGUCAGGAAGUGGGUGGAUUGAAACAUUAUUGAAUAGCCAUGAGAACAUUAGCUCCAAUGGAGAGAUUUUCUCUAUCAAGGAAAGGCGUAGUAAUAUCACUUCGAUCACAAAAACAUUGGAUAAAUUGUACAAUCUGGACUGGCUCAGCAGUGCUGCUAAAAAUGAAUGUACUGCAGCAGUGGGGUUGAAAUGGAUGCUGAAUCAGGGUCUAGUGCAACAUCAUGAAGAGGUAGUUGAAUACUUCAACCGAAGAGGCGUGUCUGCAAUCUUCCUUUUAAGAAGAAAUACUCUCCAGCGUUAUGUCUCUGUAUUAGCAAAUGCUCAUGAUAGUAAGGCAAAGCAGAUAAAUGGAACUCAUAAAUCUCAUGUGCACUCUGAACGCGAGGCUCAAAUUCUUGCUCAAUUUAAGCCAGAAAUAGACACAAAGAAGUUGAUCGCCGAUCUUAAGAAAUCCGAUAAGUUGGCCGCUGAUGCUUUACUGUACUUCAAAAAGACACGCCAUAUUAUUCUGUAUUAUGAGGAUGUUGUCAGCAAUGAUACUAAGCUCAUGGAUGUCCUGGAUUUUCUGAGAUUGCCUAAGAGAAAGCUGUCCAGUAGGCAUGUGAAAAUCCAUACCAAACUUUUGCGUGAUCAUAUAGAUAACUGGGCUGAAGUUAAUAGUACUUUGAUGGGAACACAGUACGAGAGUUUCCUGAAUGGCUGAAGGUGACUGAACUAGCUUGCUCAUGUGUGGUGUAAAUAAUGAUGCAGCGAGUAUUCAUUCUUUUGACACUUGUUUUUUUACCCCUGAUAUAGCUAACAGAAUUAGUCAAAAUUGGCAGUUUUGGCUAUCAUAUGUUAAUUUAGAAAGCUCAUUUGCUUGUCACUGACUUUGUAGCAUGUAGGGUCAAUUGAUAAAUAAUAUAUAUCAUACAAAGGUGUGGUUUUCAUUAGA